CUCCCCCACCACCAGGAGGACAGAACCGAGCAAGCAAGCAAGCAAGCACCCACAACAACAACAACAAUGCCCGUCCAAUCGCGCUGGCGCUGCCAAAUCCCAGAUGUGGACCUACCAACCUACGUCUUCCAAUCGCCCACCACACCACUCGCAACCAAACCCGCCAUCAUCGACGCCGCCAAGCCAGACGCCUACCACCUCACAUUCACGAGCUACCGGCUAUGGGCGCAGCGGCUCGCCGCGGGGCUGCAGCGCGCGGGGCUCCAGCCUGGCGACCGCGUCCUGCUCUUCAGCGGCAACACAAUCUUCUUCCCCGUGGUGGUGCUGGGCGUCAUCAUGGCGGGGGGCGUCUUCACGGGCGCCAACCCCUCCUACGUGCCGCGCGAGCUGGCGUACCAGCUGCAGGACUCCGGGGCGCGGUUCCUCAUCUGCGCCGAGGCCAGUCUGGAGACGGGGCUGGAGGCGGCGCGCAGCGUCGGCUUGGCUGAGGACUCUGUCUUCGUUUUCGAUGCUGGCGGGUACGCGACGAUGGAUGGGACGGGCAAGGCGGCUGCGGGCGGCAGAGUGCGGCAUUGGAGCGCGCUGCUGGCGGGGGAAGAGGAGGGGCGUUCGUUCGCGUGGGAGCGGCUCACGACGCGCGCGCAGCUCGACCGCACCAUCGCGCUGAACUACUCGUCCGGGACGACGGGCGUGCCCAAGGGCGUCGAGAUCACGCACCGCAACUACGUCGCCAACACGGAGCAGACGAUGCACGUGUGGCGCCUCGACGUCAACUACGAGACCAAGACGAAGCGCGAGAAGCUGCUCUGCUUCCUGCCCCUGUACCACGCCAUGGGCCAGACUAUCUUCUGCGUCGCUGCCCCUAUGCGCCAGAUCCCUGUCUACCUGAUGCAGAAGUUCGACUUCAUCAAGAUGCUCGAGUAUACGCACAAGUUCCGCAUCACGGACUUGACCCUCGUGCCGCCUGUCGUUGUGGCCAUGGCUAAGCACCCCGCGACCAAGCAGUUCGAUCUGAGCUGCGUCGAAAGAGUCGUCAGCGGAGCAGCGCCACUCAGCAGGGAGGUGUGCGCGGAGCUGGAGAAGCUGUGGCCCGAGGGGCAAGUCAACAUCAAGCAAGGCUGGGGAAUGACCGAAGCAACCUGCACAGUCACCGGCUACCACCCCAACGCCUACUCCGACUCGCAUUCCGUCGGCGAGCUGGCCCCCAACUGCGAGGCCAUGAUCGUAGACGACAACGGGCAGGAGCUGCCGCGCGAGGAGGCGGGCGAGCUGUGGAUCCGCGCGCCCAACAUCAUGAAGGGCUACUGGAGGAAGCCGGGGCCGACGGCGGAGACGUUGACGGCGGACGGCUGGCUCAAGACGGGGGACAUUGCGCGCAUCAACAAGGCCGGCUUCUUCUUCAUCGUGGACCGCAAGAAGGAGUUGAUCAAGGUCAAGGGCAACCAGGUCGCGCCUGCAGAGCUGGAGUUCUUGCUCCUGGAGCAUCCGGGCAUCGCGGACGUUGCCGUUAUCGGCGUGACGAUAAAGGGCGAAGAGUUGCCCCGCGCAUACGUUGUCAGAAAGGAAGGCCGCAGCGUCACUGCCGACGAAGUGCAUGAGUUCUUGAACAAGAAGGUUUCAAGGACCAAGCGCUUGGUUGGUGGGAUUAGGUUCUGCGACGUUAUCCCCAAGAACCCGAGCGGAAAGAUACUCAGAAAGGCGUUAAAAGAGCAGGCCCAGAAGGAGAUAGCAGAAGAGGAACGCCCCAGGGCCAAGCUGUAAAUCGCACGCCUGGUGUAUAUAGGAGGGCGACGGGUUGGAGGAGACAAUAUCGAGAUACCAUCUAAUGAACAGAACAGGCUUGGGGGAUUGUUGGAAAUAGUCAUCUAAUAACCAGAUAAUGGUAGACUUUUCGGUCAGAC